UUUCGCAGGUACAGCACAGCAGAGAAACCAAAACAAAAAGCCUUCAGUUGCUUAUAUAAAAUUCCAAGAUUCAGGGCCUUUUGCUUUCACAAUAGUUUAAGUAAAUUUUAUUUCACUCACGUGGGUAAUUUUAGUAUAAGUGACUAUUUAUUUGGAUUAAAACUUAAACAGGUGAUUUUAUUUUUCAAAUAUCCGAGCCCCCUUUUUCAAAAGGAAUCUUUUCGUACGAGUUUUCCAAAAGUGCCAAACCUGGCUACUGAAAUUCGCUAUAGGAUUGGUAUGAGACUAAUCUUGAAGAAGUUCAUCAUACACACCUCCUCUGACCACUUUUCAGAGUACUUUUCCUGAAAUUUUCUUUAGUUUUUCUUUCAACUUUUCACGUUGUGUAUGAACUACUGUUGUUUCGAAACGGCUAGCGGAGAAAGUAAAUUGGGGUCUUCCAGUCUGGCUUCGUUUGAGAAUAUCGUUAAUCGACAACCAGGGAAAAUGGAACUUGCAGGUGCUGUUGAAAACGAACCCAAUGCUCAAAUGAUGAAAGGUGCUCAAGGCGGCGCGGCACCGAAAAGGGGCCCUUUGAAGCAGUUCAGCCCUUUGCUAGUAGCCAUGGUUGGUUUACCCGGACGUGGUAAGAGCUUACUGGCUAAAAGGCUUUGUCGCUACUUGAACUACACUGGAGAUAAUUCGAAAGUCUACGACAUAUCAGAAUACAGACGCAAACACAUGAAACAGUACGCCACCCACGAAAUGUUCCGUGCUGACAACCUGCCAGCCUGGCGAAUCCGUCAACAAAGUUUCCGCGAAGCCUUGGAAGAAGCUUGUGAUUGGCUGGCGACCCGCGGACACCAAGUGGCCGUCCUGGACGGUCCCAACGUGUCAAGGGCUCAGCGCCAAGAAAUCUAUGAUCUCGCCUACAGCCAAUUGGGUUUCAGAGUGAUGUUCAUCGAGUGCGUUUGCGAGGAUCCAGUUUUACUGGAAAGGAAUUUCAAAGAAAUCUUGCAAUACAGUGCUGAUUAUAGAGAUAUGGCUACUGAGCAGGCUCUAAAGGAUUUGACAUUGAAAAUGGCCCAUUACAAGGCUCAGUAUGAGUCGCCCACUUUGGGCAGUUUAUGGGAGUUGCCUUGUCCAAUGGUGAAGUUGCUGGAUGGCGGUGAAGGUGGAGUUAUUGCACACGGAGUCACCGGAGUACGUGAAGGGAAAAUAUUGGCUUAUAUUUCUACACCCAAACCUUACCAGCAGACUUUGUAUUUUAGCAGACAUGGGGAAAGUGAAUUCAACGUAAUUGGUCGUAUUGGUGGUGAUGCCCCACUAUCCCCCAGAGGGCGUAUGUAUUCAAAAUCCUUGGCCAGACAUGUCCAAGAUUUGAAGCUGCCCUCUUUGCAAAUUUGGACUUCGACCUUGCAACGAACCAAAGCCACCAGCGCUUUGAUCAACGCGCCUCAGCAACAUUUGCCCGAAUUAGAUGAAAUUUGGUCGGGUGAUUGUGAAAAUCUCUCAUAUGAAGAACUCCAAGAUCGUUUUCCCAGAGAACUGGCACUCAGAGACCGUGAAAAGCUCAAGUACCGUUACCCGCAAGGUGAAUCCUACAUAGAUGUAAUGCAACGUCUAGUUCCAGUGCUGACUCAGCUAGAGUGCGAAACUAACGUGCUUACUAUCAGCCAUCAAGCGGUACUGCGUUGCGUGCUUGGCUACUUUUUGGAAACCGAUCCCGAAGAGAUUCCUUAUAUCCACGUACCUUUGCACACUAUUAUCAAGAUCACUUUGCAAGGGUACAACUACAACAUGGAAACUGUCAAGAUGCCGGUGGAUUGUGUGGACACCACAAGAGCUAAACCUGUUAAUUGCUCAGAAAAUCGUACAGCUGAAGAUGCUCUGUUGACUUUGCCCGCUCAUUUUGAAUCUGUUGCUUGUCUCAACAACACUUUGGCUAGUUGCACCUAGCUAGGUCGAAUAAGACGUGUAGCAACUUGGCCAGACUAUAAUAGAGAGUGGCUAAAUUAGUCUUUUUAAUACAUAUAAUUUGAUUUUAUUUAGAUUCUAGCCAUGUUUUAAUACUAAAACUUUAUUUGUUGCUACUAAUAGUGAUAUUGCCUACAGGACUGCAAAAAUAACACCAUAGUUAUUAUUUUUCUUGUAUCGUUUUAUUAGGCUUAGUUUUUAGUUGGCUAACAUUUAGCUAGAAUAGUUUUUAGACCACACAAAAGUGAAUAUUUGACUGAUAUGUAAAAGUGUAAUGUCAAUUUUUAGAUUCCCCUCGAAUUGUAAAUAGGUUUUAUUGUAGGGGCAUUGCAAUUAGUUUUUAGGAAUUACAUUCUAUUUGUUUUUUGCUCAGAAAAUCUCAUGUUGGUGUUUGGUUUUUACAACUUUAUAACUAUUGUAUAAAGUCUUUUAGUAUUAAUUGUUUGUAGAGCAUUUUUCUUAUUUUCCUUUAAUAGUUUUAGUUAGAUGAACUGAUUUCUUGGUUUUUUUGCUGCAAUAAUUUGCAAAUAUUUCUGUUUUAAGAAUAGAUGAAAUAUAUAAUAUAGAUUACCUACUACAUAAUAAUAAUUAUUGUUGUUUUUUU